ACUCACGCAGGAACACGCCGUGCGCUGUGAAGGCUCUGACGAGCACUGCCCCUCUGCUAGUAGGCGGCCGCGGCUCUGCCCAGCAGCACGGAAGCAGACCUCGGGGGCCCAUCCGUCCGACCUCCUCGGCCACCGCACUCCGGGACGAUGCUAAGCAGCGAGCCGGUGCCUCCGCCCCGCAGUCGCCGGCAGAGAGCAGCACCGGGCACGGCAGGGUGCGGUGAGUAGCCCGAGGCGCGGCCCUCAUGGCGAGCACGGCGGGCGGCCCGAGAGCACUGCAGGCACUGACGGGCUGCCUGCUGGGCGCCCUGGUGCUGGGCACUCUGGCGGGCAAUGCUCUGGUGUGCCUGGCUGUCCUGCGCUUCCGCCACCUGCGCACAAAAGUCACCAACUGGUUUGUGCUGUCGUUGGCUGUCUCUGACCUCUGCGUGGCCAUCCUGGUGAUGCCUUGGAAGGCAGUCACUGAGGUGGCCGGUGGCUUCUGGCUCUUCGGCAGCCACUUUUGUGACACCUGGGUGGCCUUUGACAUUAUGUGCUCCACCGCCUCCAUCCUCCACCUCUGCAUCAUCAGCCUGGACCGGUACUGGGCCAUCGCCAGUCCCUUUCGCUACGAGCGCCGGAUGACGCAGCGUCUGGCCUGCGCCAUGAUCGCCCUGGCCUGGGCCCUCUCCAUCCUCAUCUCCUUCGUCCCCGUGCAGCUGCACUGGCACAAAACCAAGGACAGAAGGCACCCCAGCUCCCUCUGCGAUGUCAGCUUGAACGGCACCUACGCCAUCACCUCCUCCCUCAUCAGCUUCUACAUCCCUGUGGCCAUCAUGAUCGUCACCUACACUAGGAUCUAUCGCAUUGCCCAGGCCCAGAUCCGCCGCAUCUCCACCCUGGAACGAGCAGGCGGGCAGUGCCCAGCCCACAGCAAGGAGCCUGCCUCCAGUCUGCGGAGCUCCCUGCGCAAGGAGACCAAGGUGCUGCAGACCCUCUCCAUCAUAAUGGGAGUCUUUGUUUGCUGCUGGCUGCCCUUCUUCCUGCUCAACUGCAUGCUACCUUUCUGCCAGCCUGAGAGCGACAGCAAAGGGCAGCCACCAUGUGUCAGCCAAACCACCCUCAAUGUCUUUGUAUGGUUUGGCUGGGCCAACUCCUCAGUGAACCCAGUCAUCUAUGCUUUCAAUGCAGACUUCCGUCGGGCUUUCAGCAACCUGCUGGGCUGCCAGUCCCUCUGCUGCAGCACCACCAGGGCUGCAGUAGAGAGAGUCCACCUCAGUAAUGAGCUGGUCUCCUACCACCAGGACACCACCUGCCAAAAGGAGGGAGCCACUGUCACCAUGCCACCCACCACUGUCACAGCCUGGGUGCAGCCUGGGCCCCAUGCAGUGAGUCCUCAGCAGGAAGACAGAGAGGAGCUCCCCAUGGAGAAGAGGCUCAUGAGUACGCCAACACAGGCUAGCCCAGGCAGCAGCCCCAAGUGUUGUCGUGUGACAGCCACUUUGCAAUUGGACUAUGGGUCAGAGCUGCCCCUGGAGACUAUUAAUGCCUUUACAGGGCUUGACAGGCAUGAGAGACACCGUCACCCCAUUCCAGAGGGAUAAGUAACUGCAUGUUUCACACACACAGCCAUCACACAGAGACAGCUCACUGCCUACACAUGAAGCAUGCCCAUACUCUCAAAAAAUCCCAAACCAGAGGGAUGGGAAACAUUGUUUUUACCCCAGGGGAGUGACACAUGUAUAAACCCCAUUCCAAAAGCACACAGCAAUCACACAUUGACCUCUUCCCACUGCCACCUUCACCUCUUACCCUCUUUUAUAGCAGGUAGAUAUUUCCCACAUAUCUGGUUGCCCCAGCUCUUCAGUCAAACUAACUUGUGAUACUGAGAAUUGUGUAAUAACAAAAUUUACAUAGAAAACUUACUCUGUUAGAUGUAGCUACUAAAAACAGUGGGUUGUUUUGUUUUUUUUUUUCCCCCCUCUCAUGGUUUUAUAUGAUACAGGUACAUACAGGUCUGAAAGUUUUGUUUGGUUUUAGUUCCAGGUUUAUUUCAAAGCCAUGUGUCUGGAUUUAUACAAAAUAAUCUGUGUUUACACUUUUUAAAAAUUGCUUAAUUAAAACAUCAUCUUCUGUUGAGUCGGAAGAUUGCUCAACCCCUAGAAAAUCCAUCUGCUGUUAUGAAGGAUCCUGAGCAGUUCCAGGUAUCGAACUCUGGAAUCAGCAUUUAAUGAUGUGGAUCUAGGCUGUUCCUAGCGAUUACUCACCUUUUAACAUCACCCACACAACCAGAAUUUAACAGCUGUCAUUCAGUACACUCAGUGCCUCACCUGGGGAGCAAUCCUGAACAAACCCAGUGUUUCCUUAAAAGAGAUAAUCAUUGUUUUUGUUGGUUUGAUUCUCUUUGGUUGUUUUCUCAGUGAUCAUAUAUGAACUGCACGUGGAUUCAGAAGCUAAAGGAUCGGUAUCAGUUUAUUUGAGGAUUUUUCUUGCUACCUUUCUUCCUCCUUGCACAAAUCAGAAAGUCAUACUGUAAGAGUGGCAGCAUCUUUUAUCUCCUCCAAAAGAACAAGACUACAUUCUAAAGCUGCAAGGCAUCUCAUAUCACUCCACAGUGUUGCACAACAGAGCCAUCAUGGAAUGUCCUGUCACACCAAUAAAACAGUCCUGAUGAACAGCCCCUUACUGCCUGCCACACUCCUGUCUCUGGUGCAAGAAAUUAUUGUUCACUGGAGACUUUAACAUCUAUUUCUUUUUUAUUUUUUAAGUAUGUGCACAGACUCAUUAUUAAUGAUAAAAGUUGCUAAUCAAUGGAAAGGAAAAGUCUACCUACCCACAAGGUUUGCUCUUGUUUGAGAGCUGUCUGCCCUAGCAAGACUUUUGUACUCAACUGAUGAAAACAUAUAUGACAGAAUGGGUUGCAGAAACUAGGUGGUGAAAGCCUUAUUUGAGCAAUGUUCUCUUAAGAAUAAUCAGCACAAAUGCCUGGUAGCUGGUCAUAUUUGUGCUAAGAAUGGAAACGGUUUUUUGUAUCACUUCUUUUGGUUAUGUUUUAAAUGAGAUUCACUAAGAAGUCAGAUUGUGCCUAGAAAUUAAUGGGUAUUGACUUAAGGAAGAAAACAGCUUGGCCUUUACUUCCAAAGCUUACUAAAUGGACAGUUUAGAAUUGCUCUUAAGUGAUUCUGGAAAAAUUUCAUAGAAUUGUAGAAAGUUUGUUAGUACCUAACUUAUAGUGGUGUUUAUUGAUGUGCAGAUGAUACAAAGUACGAUAUCUUACAGCUGUACAAACUGUUGUAGUAAACAAAAUGUAAUGCUCAAGCCUGUAACAAACUUCAGAGAUACUAUACUAUAAAUUGUUUAUACUCAUUUUAAGUGAUAUAUUACUGAAGGUGCUUCACGUGAAAAUUACACUGCAGAGCCCUUCACUGCAUCCGUUGAUGAUUUAAUAAUAAUAUAUAAAUAUUGAUAUUGUAUGUAUUCGGAUUUUCCUAAACUGGGGAGGUUCUUGAAUGAUAACCUCGCUAUCACACUCCUCACUAGCCCAAACAGCUCCCUGAGCAGUAAAUGAGCAACACCUCUGUUGCUAAGAACUUUUCUCAUUGAUUGACUGUGAUUUCUGCUUGAUAUUUUUCUUGCAACUGAACAAGCAGCUGAGUUACAUAAGGCAAGAUUCAAUUAAUACCAUUAGGCUCAAGUGUGAUGAGAUGUAUUAGAAUUACAAGAAAAAUCCAAAGGUUCAUUUCAGCAGGAUUUAAGAGACAAAAUUCUUUCAUAUUUGCACCAUUACAAUCCCUUAGAAGAGGCACUUUCCAAAGUAGAACUUCAGCAGCACUUCAUCUGCUUCUGGGUUACUUCCAAACACCAAACAAAUAGUGAAGGUGUUGUUUUAGGACAUUUACAAGGGCUAUUCCUCAAGCACAGAUUUCAUAACUCAGAUCAAUAGAUACUCCUUUAUGUGCUGACCAUGUGUGAGGUAUUUCUCUGCCUGAAAGAAGUUCAGUUUCAUGCCUAGUUUCCUACUUACUGUACCAUUAAUGUCAAGAUGACCUAAAAAAUAGCCUUCAAAUAUCCUUGGUGUCAAAAUGGUCCAACCUGACAGAUACCAUAUCUGAACACUUAUUAACCAAGGUCUAACUAUACUAAUCAAAACAUCUUCCAGCUCCACCACAGUACACCUUGCAGGGCUUUAUGAUGUACACCAGCUGCCUUCUCUGCUAAGGCAAAUAAUUCCCAUUCUCUUUUCCUUCCGGCAGUACUAGCAUCUAGUACUAGAUGUACUAGAACACCACAUCGAGACAAUGUUUCAUCCUGUUUUCUAAGCAAUAUUUUUCAGAAGUUAACUACAAUACAUGCAUACACUUGACACUGGUUCCAUUUUUGUGUUGCCUACUGCUUACUUGUUUGCUUGUCAUGUCAUUUACAUUACAUUUUAGUUUGCAUUAUACACAAACUUUCUGCGAUUGCCAUUUUCUAAGCAGCCUGUUACAUCUGCAGCAUUGCCCCAAUACAUACCUGUUUCAGGAACUAGAAGGUACUGAAAAAUCAUGUGUUGCUUGUUUUGCAUGAGAAAACAUGAAGCCUUGUGACAUUGUUGCAAUUCAAACCUUAAUAACAACAACAAAAAAAGAACUAAAAAACAAAACCAGUCUCAAAGUAAACUCCCAGUCACCUAAAUCCUAAUAGAUAAAGCCUGAGAUUUCCUCCCAACCCCCUCUUUCCAGCCUUCUAACCUAGAGAGAAAUACCUGUUUCACUCAUCUUUCUUGUUCCCAAAUGCACACAGACGUGCAGCUACUGCAGAAAGGUUUCCAGCUUCAGCUCUUCCCACAAAUCACUGCUCCAUCACUAAAUGAUAAACAAAGCAGUAGAGAAGAAAACCAAAAGGAAACCAUCACAAAAAUAGACAUGGUUCACAAUCUCAAGUCUAAGCUGCCACUUCACACAGCAAAAACCAGUGCAGUUGUACAGAUGUGCAGAUUUACGUUUAAAUAAGCUUUUCAAUUCUUCCACUUGGAUGUUUUCAUGACCGGCACUUCAUGGAAGCCUGUGACAGUUCUGUUAGCCUUUAUAUACUGCAAAAAGUGGUUCCGAAGUAUUGGAGGAGAUGAUGCUUUUCCAAAAUUAGUUUUCCCCCCUCCUUCCUUUAUUUCUUCCUAAAUGCACUCAUUUGCUUUGCUGAGUUGAAAAUAUCAAUGUAAAAGAAGCCAAGGUCAUACCUCAACCGUGUGUAUACAUAUAUAUAUCUAUAUAUAUCUCCUGCUGGUACUAAGAUGAUAUCUUAACAUUGCAUUUAAACCUUAAUUUCAGUGAAAAACAUCUGACUUAGGUAGCAAAAGAGAAAUCUGUUGCACCACCCAGUUGUCACAAGCAUCUGCUGCUUUGUUGUUGCCAAAAUCAUGUCUCUCGUGUUGGAUUUCGGAUGCUGCACCUACACAUACCACACACCACAUGAAGUGAAUGAAUUUCAAUUAGUUGACUUUUUCCUCAGUAAAAACAAUGUUGAAAAAUUAAUCCUUUGCUCUCCAUAAGCUGCUUUUUCCCAAGGGGCUGAGAAACACCAUCCAUCCAGUGCCCCAUGUGGUGCCUGGAAGCGGUUUCAUCACCACAGUUACAUGACAACCACCACCAAACUCUUCAUUUAUCUUGUUGUUAUAAUCUUAGCCACUUUUCUGAAUCCUCCCCCUUUCCCUGCACACAGGAACAUGCAGGUGGCAAUACCACCACGUACUGCCUAUUCCUCAGAGUUAUUGUUUUAAGCACUGCUUUAAAUUCACACCGAAGAGCACAGAUUUUCUCCUAGCAUAUUUGGCUUCAACAGAUUUCUAGUAAUUCAAGUCUGGGCUCGUUAUCCUUUAUUCAUCCUUGCCUCCAAUCAUUCAAGACAUUUUAGAAAACCCAGUGAACAACACCUGGCCUAUACCCACAGUCCAUAUUUUUCUGUGCUAUCUAUACAAUAGGAUAACUGCCUAAUAGUGAAAGUUCUGAAAACAUUAAGAAAUAUAUAUAUAAGAAAGAAAGGAAUAAAAGAAAGAAGGGAGAGACUACUUAGAAGGGUCUGCUGUGAUAGGACAAGGGAAAACGGCUUCAAACUACAAGAGGAGAGACUUAGAUCAGACAUAAGGAAGAAGUUUCUUACGCUAUGAGUGAUGAGGCACACAGGUUGCCCAGAGAGGUGGUGGGCACCCCAGCCCUGGAGACAACCAAGGUCGGGCUGGAGGGAACUCUGAGCAACAUGAUCUAACUGUGGAUGUCCCUGGUCUUUGCAGGGGAGUUGCGCUGGAUGACCUUCAAGGGUUCCCUUCCAACUCAAACUCUUCUAUUUUAUGACUUACUGAAUGAAGAUACCUGAUUCAGCAUGGGAAACUCCCCAGACUCUGACUAAAUGAACGGAAAAAGUGAUGCAGAUGGGAUAAUACAAUCUGGUUUUGCACACUUGCUGCAAUUGUUGCUGCUAAUAAAGCUGAAUUAACCAGAAAUCAUACUGAAAAGUGACAAGUUGUAAUGAUAUUUAGUAGCUAUGUAGAGCUUGGUUUG